UUUUAAAUGGCCGCCUCCAUGAGUUGACAUUGAUGAGGUUGUGUAACACAACAUGGAUUGGUUCAAACAGUCAUCAAUUGCACGAAGAUACAACAAAUUCGCCAGCAGAUAUAGGAUAUUUAUUGAUGGAUUACCAUUUCUGAUGACCUUGCUCGUUGGAGGCCUAAUGCUAACAAGGUUUACGAAGAAACGCUAUGUUCGAGACAGUUUGCGUGUACCCACCAAAGAGGAGAUGUUGGAAGCAGGUGUUGACAUAGAUACAGAUCUAGCAUCAGCAAAGUUGGAGGAAGAGUUAAAGAAAAUAAAGGAAUCACUUGAUACUGAGAACUGGAAAAAUGUGCCACUUGAUAAAAAAUGACAGUUUAACAGCACCUGAGAAAUGAUGCAUUUCUGACUGGAUGAUGCUGAAAAGACAUCACCGAGACCUGAGUGUUUGAUUAAUUUAUUGGAGUGGAACUAACGUAAUUACCUUCAGCUUCAUCUUAAUAUUGAAAUGCUACCCUUUCAUGUUUACUGGGGACACAUGUCAAUUUUAUAGUGAAGCAACUUUCAGAGCAAGUGUUGAUGAUAUGUAUUUUUAUAUUAUUAAUGAUGUCUGAUUAAUGUUUACUGAAACUGUCAUGUUUGUGUGUUAUUUUACGACAGCUGGUUGAUUUCUGGUUACAGAAUGAUCACCAAUUAGUUUCUGAUGGAGAAGUUAUUGUACUUGCUUUGUGUCAAAACAGUUUGCCCAACUUUUUAAAUUUCAGUAUCAAACUAUGAGAAAAUCAUUUGUCCCUCAGACAAAAAUCUCAGCGAUAAGUAUUACUUGUCAAUGUAUUUUUCGCUUGUCUCGAUUUGUCAGUAUAAAAAGUUUUAAGCAAACUCAAUGAAAUUUCACUAUUUUUUCCAAAUAUAACCGAAAACCCUCCAUUUGCUAAUAUGGAACCACCCUGUAUACAUUAUAGACUUGUGUAAAUAUUGAUGCAUUUCAAAAGAAAUAUCAAAUUUCAGAAAAUCACGAAAUCUUAAAACUCCUCUAAAUAUGUCAUUCUUAAAUAAAAACAAAUCACCUUUUCUGAAAAUUGACAAGAAAAUAAAUCAGAUUUAUUAUAGAAAUAAUACCAAUUUAGACAUAAACUAAUUUGUAAAUAAUUUGGGGAAGCAAUAAAGAUUUUAUAUCUAUUUCUCAAAAUAUAAGGUUUUUAACACAAAAAAACAAAAACCCGGCAAAAAUUAGAAUCCAUGUAAUUUGUAGGUUGUGUUAAGAUAUCCAUACGAACUGCAACUUUAUACUAGAUUUGGUUGCAAUAGCAUUUUACUUUUUCAGAAAUAAGCUAUGUCGCCGCCGUCAGAAAGUUAACACCACAAAGUCUCACUGAAUUCUUAGGCCAGACAAAAGCCAAAUUCUGUACAAAUCCACACUUUUACCAGGGUGAGGUAUCCUUUCCCUUAUCCUGUACAAAUCCACACUUUUACCAGGGUGAGGUAUCCUUUCCCUUAUCCUGUACAAAUCCACACUUUUACCAGGGUGAGGUAUCCUUUCCCUUAUCCUGUACAGAUUAAUACACUUUUACCAGGGUGAGGUAUCCUUUCCCUUAUCCUGUACAAAUCCACACUUUUACCAGGGUGAGGUAUCCUUUCCCUUAUCCUGUACAGAUUAAUACACAUUUACCAGGGUGAGGUAUCCUUUCCCUUAUCCUGUACAGAUUAAUACACAUUUACCAGGGUGAGGUAUCCUUUCCCUUAUCCUGUACAGAUUAAUACACUUUUACCAGGGUGAGGUAUCCUUUCCCUUAUCCUGUACAAAUCCACACUUUUACCAGGGUGAGGUAUCCUUUCCCUUAUCCUGUACAGAUUAAUACACAUUUACCAGGGUGAGGUAUCCUUUCACCCUCCGUGAUGUGGUUAUACAGGACUAGUCCUGACGUGGUUUAUAUGUAUAUAGGCCAACUCAAAGAGCAGUUUUCAUGUCUUUCACAUAUAUAACAGUGAAAAUGUUUAAGAGAAUGUUUGAGAAUGAAUCUCAAGCCUCAGAGGUCGGUCUAAAAUUGACAAAUCUAAAUCCUCAUUCAACAAUUGAAGAUUUAUAACCUGGUGGCUUGUGAUUCGUUCAUCUCGUGUAUAAAUGGAUAAAAAACCUAUUUGAUAGUGAUGUGUGAAUGUAAGAUGUUUGUGAUUUAUAAUAAUGAUAAUUCAUUCUGAAGAUGAAAUAAAUUAUUACAACAUCAUAA